UAAAGAUUCACUUUUUUCAUGUGGGUCCGUUGGUCGAGGUUACUGGUCAUUUGUAGAUCAGACCCUAGACAAGAACUGAUUAUGAUAAAAUAGCAAUACCUGAAACUGUUUUGAACAAUGGCAUCUAAAGGCUUCUCAGAAGAAAAUGUACAGGUUGAGGAGAAAACAUUGAAACACGAACUUCCUUCAACCUGUACAUGCAGGAAACAGUGUAACAAUUGUAAGAUCUUCCUUGGAUUCUUCAUGUUAUCCCUUAGUUUGCAUUUUAUCACAUUAUUCUGCUAUUUAGACCUCAGAUCUGAAGUAAAACGCAAGAUUUUGCUGAAAAAACGAGACGAAACGCCGGGUGCAACUGCUAUCAAUAAGAUGAUUUCCCCCGAUUUCCAGAUUUUGGACAUCAGAUACCCUGCAAUGGACCAAGAGGACAAGUCUCCUCUAAUUAACACCGAAGAAGUUUUUCGCCUCACAGAAGAAAGUAAAAGGGUCAUUCAGCGGACCAAAAGGAGCCAGAAUAAAAGACUCGAAUCAGAGUCGAAUGGAAAACGAAAAGAAAAGAGAAAAGGUAAGAAGGGGCCUUCUGGUGCACCGGGCCCCCCGGGGCCUCCAGGACCACAAGGGCCACCUGGAAUUCCUGGAAUACCUGGAAUCCCAGGUAACAAUGCCAUGGGACCCUCUGGGCCACCUGGUCCCCCUGGGCCCCAAGGACCACCAGGACCACAGGGGCCCCCUGGCCCUCAAGGACCUGCAGGAGGCUUGGAUAAAGUGAGACUCAGAGAUGUUCAGCCUGCUGUAGUGCACCUUCAAGGCCAGGAGACAACUAUACAAGUAAAGGAAGAUCUUUCAGAAGGCGUCCUCAAAAACUGGAAAAUGAUAUCCAUACACCACAAGGUGUUCAAGAUGCACUCACGCUCCGGAGAGCUGGAGGUGCUGGUCGAUGGCACCUACUUCAUCUAUAGUCAGGUAGAAGUUUACUACCUCAACUUCACUGACAUUGCCAGCUAUGAGGUGAUGGUGGAUAAAACGCCAUUCCUGCGUUGUACGCGCAGCAUCGAGACGGGUCAGCGCAAGUUCAACACCUGCUACACUGCAGGAGUGUGCCUUCUGCGAGCCCGCCAGAAGAUCUCCAUCAGAAUGGUGUAUGAGGAUACCUCCAUCAGCAUGACAAACCACACCACCUUCCUUGGGAGCAUCCGGCUCGGCGAAGCUCCACCCAACGGACACUCUUGAACAGUGGGCUUCAUCUUGGCUCCUGGCCCAUGGAAGACGAGACUUUGGUAGUAUGGAGGGAGAUAUAUUUACUCUCAGUAUUCCCCUGUACAGAACUCCUUUAUGGUGAUUUGGGAUCAGCACAUUUCACAAGGGUGCCAUUUCACCUAGAAUGACAGCUGCGGUUUACACUUCCCAUGGCUCUGCUAUUGUGAGCUCUCCUAUUAUCCAACACAAAGGGCUUCUUCACAAACUGAAAUGGGUGAAACUUUUGACCAAACUGUUUUGCGCAAACAAUUUGGCAGCAACAUCAACAUCAACUGCCAAAUUGAACCACAAUUUGGCAGUAAAACAUACUGCACUCUACUCUUGUAAUGCAAACCAACUAAAAUGCACAGCUUAACAAACAGCUGUUAAAGCAAGCA